AUGGACGACAGUACGCAGCCAGAAGGCUCGCUCCUAGACACACAGACCGGCGUUACGCAGACCGACAGCGAGCGCACAGCCGUCGACAUUGCGCGCUACGCCCUGGCCGCCCACGCCGCCCACAAGCCAUUGCGACGCGACGCCCUCCGCAGCCUCUUCCGCGACACCAGCGCGCGUCACUUCAAGCUUGCGUUCUCGCGCGCCGACGAGCUCCUGCAGCUCCACUUUGGCCUCACACUGGCGCCCUAUCCGGCCCACGAAAAAUCCCUGGAUGCACCCGCACAGACAAAGCCCUUGGAGCAGGACGACGCGCAGCUGAUGGGGUUCGCUGCGGCGGUGCUCAGCCUGGUGCUUGUCAGCAAUAUGUGCGUGACCAUGGAUCAGCUUGUCUUGUACGUGCGGAAGCUCGGCCCUCCCGCCCACAUUGCCAAUGCGCCUGCCUCGCGCCUAUCCACAACCGACGAUGCCCAGCGCGAUGCGUGCGCGCGCGAGGCCAUCAAUGCAUUGCAGCGUCGCGGGUACCUCGACGUGCUGGCGCCACGCGCUGCACCCGAGGACGUCGAGCUCACGUGGGGCCCGCAGGCCAAAGUGGAUUUCCGGCCCAUCGACAUCGCACGCUUCAUUGCGGCGACCACCGGCCAGGAAUGCUCGCCCGAGUUUGUGGCCAAGAUCGGCCGCGCAUUCGGCCGCAAUAUCGAAGGUUAA